UCAAAAUUGUUUUGAGGUUAUGUCAUGUGUUGUUGACUUGUUCGUCGAAAAGAGUGGUGUUUUUAUUUAAAAAUCAGAAGAAUUAUUUGUUUUAAUCAUGGAAGACGUUGACGACAACGAUUUCAUCGCAUCAGAGCAUGAUCAGUUAGUGAAUGCAGUGUCUAAAUUAGAUAAAACCCAGCACAUUAAAGAGCCUACUAGAAAUGAGCCUACCAACCAAAAUUCCGAGUUCAACCUGAUAAAAAGGUCCAAUAAACUCGAUAUUAACAAUGUGGUGAAGGUAUUGGAGGACACCGCUCACCAUGUAAAGAUUAGUAAGAAGUUGAAAAAGAGCCAACGUGUUUUGCCUAAGCCGUUAGAGAAACCUCAGGCUGAAAGAAUUAAAAGGGCCACAGGGUAUGAAGAGGCGAAGAAAAAGGUAGGGCGCUGGGACGCUGUCGUUGCUAGAAGCCGAACUGUUGAUUUUGUGUCUUUCCCUUUGAAGAAUGUGUCUACAAAGCUUCAGCCUGCUGCUGAAUUUUUGUCCAAGUUUGAGUUGAAGUCUUCUUUAGAGAAAGAGUUGGAGGAAGUGGACCCUCCUGCGAUGGUAGAGGAAGAGGAGGAUGAGGAGCAAACAUAUCCCAUGUCGUAUGAGGAAAUGGUUGAACAUCGUCAGCACUUGGCCAGGCUGCGGGCUCAGGAAUCGUACAAAGCUGCUAAAGCUAAAAGACAAAGCAAAAUCAAGAGCAAGAAGUAUCAUCGAAUCCUCAAAAAAGAAAGGCUUAAACAGCAACUGAAAGAAUUUGAAGAGUUACAAAAGAAAAACCCUGAGGAAGCAUUAGAAAAACUUGAAACACUGGAAAAAGCCAGAGCUCUGGAGCGUCAUACUUUGAGGCACAAAAACACUGGGAAAUGGGCUAAAAAUAAAUUGAUUCAAGCCAAAUAUGAUAAAGAGGUGAGGCAGCAACUAGCAGAGCAAUUGGCAGUUAGCAGAAGUCUUACCCACAAAACUCAAGAUACAGAAAGCACAGAUGAUGAGCAAGAAAGUAAUGAAAUGAUCCCAGACUUAACAUUGUCUCAAGACCCCAUGAAUCCUUGGAUGAUGAGCAGACCUGGGAAAUCUAAUGUUGCAGCUGAAUUUGAUUUCGGGUACAAAAAAUAUUUAAAAAACAAAAUGUUUAAAAGGAAGGAGGAUUCUGAUAGUGACUCUGAUGAUGAGCCAGUAGAAAAUAAUGAGAAAGAUAAUGAGGAUAUGAAGACUUUAAAAGAAAGUGUUAAUAGCAUACCUCAAGAAGAGACACCAGUCGAAGAAUAUGUAAUAGACACUGCAGCUAUCAAAAGAACUAUAGCUGAACAGAAUAAGUCAAGAAAGAAGAAAUCAAUGAAAACACAGAAAGUGCAGAAAGUCACAGCUACUUCAAAUUGGGUUGUUGAACCUAUCAAUGAAGAGGAAGAACCAGCUGUUGGUGAAAAAGUUUCCACUGCUUUUGAGAGUUAUGAGAGCAAAAUUGAUAGUAAAAUUACAAAGAAGUUGAAUGCUCUCAGAAAAAACAUUGAAAAAUUGGACAAAAGAGGAAAAGCUUCAAAAGACAAAAAGAGGAAAGUUGAUGAUGAAGAACAUGAUAAUCUUGAAUAUUUGAAAUUAAAAAAUAAAAAGGUAAAGGCAGUGAUUGAUGAAGAAUUGAUUGAAACAGGCAAAAAUGUUGAUUCAGAAACCAAUGAAAAAUCACCUGCUGAAAUCCUGAAGACAGCUGAACAAAGUGGACAGCGAAAUGCUGAUGUCAGUAAUAUAGAUCCAAGUAAAUUCAUAGAGGUAAAGCCCAAAUACUUGAACACUGCUAUCCCUGGAGCUGCAAAUGAUGAUGAGUUGGAUGAUGAUGAACAAGUUGUGCCAAAGGUUAAUAUUGAAGAAGUGUUUGAGGAAGAUGAUGUAGUAGCCAGCUUUAGACAAGAAAAAGAGGAUGAGAUCAACAAAAACAAACCUCAAGACAUUGAUUUGAGUCUACCUGGAUGGGGCAGUUGGGGUGGCAAAGGUGUGAAGGCUCCAAAAAGGAAAAAGAAUAGGUUCAUACUGAAAGCUCCACCUGUUAUGCUAAGGCGUGAUGAGAACAAAGGAGAUAUUAUAAUCAAAGAAUACAAGGAUCCAAAGCUUGCCUCACAUAAAGUUACAAAUAUACCUUUCCCAUUUACAAGCAUCAAGGAAUAUGAAGCGUCUAUCAGAGCUCCAUUAGGCAAUACAUUUAUACCUGAAACUGCCCAUAAAAAACUUAUCAAACCAAGUGUGAUCACCAAGGCUGGUACUGUCAUUGACCCAAUGGAUGAAGAUGAACUACUAGUGAAGAAAAAUAAGAGGUUUGGAAAUGCAAAUGUCAUAAACCUUUUAGCUAAGAAAUAAAUAUAAAAAAUGUA